AGCGAUUCCUGCGAUGGUUCUACGUCGUACUGACCAUCAUGUUCAUCGCUGUCGUCAUCUUCGUACUGAUUCGGAUUACCCAUGAUGCAGUUCUACAGGCAGACAGCAACCCUACCUCUGACCCACGGCCUUCUGCGGCCCCUGACCAACACUCGUCACAGCAACAGGAGGUCGCUCCAUGUUCGGACUUUGACAUUGAGGAUGUUUGGGUUCAGAACUUUCCCAAACUAAUUACAGAGACUGCUUUCCGAUUGGUCGAUGUAAAUAAAGAUGACGUGUUAGAUGUUGUUAUGGGCUUUUCUACUGGUGUGACCAGUUAUUUUGCAGACCAGUACUUAGUGUGUGACAUCUACUUCAACGGUUCCUGGCCCUGUUUUGGCGGCUUGAUGGCACUGGACGGCCGGACUGGUAGCGAGCUGUGGAGACACUACACCACCCAGGAGAUGUUUGGCAUCAACUGCAAUGUGGACAUUGACCAAGACGGGGUGAAGGACUGCCUGGGAGCGGGCCGAGCUGGGACAUUUGAGUUGGUGAGUGGCGCCACCGGUCACCUCCUCUGGAAGUUUCAGUCUGACGAUCUGCUGGUGUCUAUCAGCAACCUCUACACCCCACAGUUCAUCCGGGACGUGGAUGGAGACGGGGUGCAAGACGUGUUGAAUAUUCAUGGUGGGGAUCCUCUCAGAAAGCGAGGGCAUGAGGUGUCUCAUAUUGGCAUUUUACUCGUCAUUAGUGGAGCUACUGGUCAUGUGAUUGCAUGGAUUGAAGUACCGGACAAGCAAGAAUCUUACUACUCGCCGCAGGUUUACUACCAGCAUGGUGGGAGGGAGAUGGUUUUGUUUGGGUCAGGAGGGGAGUCGAAGGGCGGGUCACUGUGGGUCAUCGCCAUGGCAGACUUGCUCCAAGGUGACAACAGCAAGGCUACUCGGAUCUAUACAGAUAACGUUAAGGGCAUCAUGACCCCACCCGCACUCGUGGACAUCACUGGUGAUGGUGUGGUGGAUAUCGUCAUGGCGAUGUUCAACUCAACUGUUGUCGCUUUUGACGGGCAGAGCUACAGCCAGCUCUGGAACUAUUCUUUCGCUGAAUCAGAGACAUACAGCACUCCAGGUGUAGCAUACUACAACGAUGAUAACAUUCCAGAUUUUAUGGUGGUAUACAAUCACGGGCCAGGUUAUCCAGUCUACUACUAUUCACAGGUUGCCAUACUCGACGGUCGCAAUGGUCAGCCGCUCCUCACCUCAGCGAUCCAGACAGCAGGUAGUUCCAACGUUUCCCCUCUCUCGCUCAGCAUGGAAGGUCAUGGCAAUGAUGCAUUCAUGUAUUUUGUUCUGGACUGCCUGGGUCACGAGGCAGAGAUGCAAACAUUCAAAUUUGCUAAAGAUGACGAGGAUGUGGGGAUUGGUAAACUCAGUCGCUCAGAUUUCUGCAAGCAACGAUUCAACACUGAAGAUUAUUCUCGCAUGUACCUGUUGAACCGUGACAUGAUGCCCCCAGGAAAGCAGAUUUACAACUCACUUGAUAGAAAAUCUGACGAAUACCAGUACAAUAUCAACUCUAGUCUGCUUGCCAAGGCCUACCUGGACAAGCACCCCAACGUGCUGGAAAAAGUCAAGGAACUAGUCCUGGAAAAUCUGAAUGACCACAACUCUGACCAAAGUGGGAGUCUCCACUCCGAGGAAAGGGGGGAUCAGAAUUGGGAUGGCAGAGCCCACUCGGAUGGAAGGGAGGGUUCAGAUUUAGUUGAUGUGCCAAAUGAGCAAUUCCAUGACUUGGAUGGUGGAUUUAAUCCGCUGCCAAAGCAACAAGACCAAACGGCCACCAACAGACUUGCACCAAGGUUAGGGUUUGAUAACGAGGAUGAAUUGCCUAUAUUUGAACCCCCUGUAGACUUGCAACCCAGUGAGGAUCAACGUCAGCCAAGUCAGCCGGUCCCUGAUUCACAGGAUGUGGAUUCGCGUGACCCUGAUCCAUCACAGAAUCAUUCACAAAAGCCAAAUCCACAGGGCGCUGAUCCACUAGAUUUCUAUCCCGAAGACCGCUAUCCACAAAGUCCAAGUCAGUCCCUGGAUUCUGAUGGUAGACUGUCCCAGAAGCUCUUGGAUGAGCUUCUGAACCAACUCCUGCAGGAUGAUCAGCUCAGUGAUGCAGAUGAUUCACUAGUAGACGACGUGCGAGGAUACCCGAUCAACAAGGGCCACUUGGGCCCGUCUGGCCCGCUAGCUGGAAGUUCAGACUGGCAGCACCCAGCACGGCCGAGUGACCCCAGAAAGAAAUCCUAUUACGGUGACUUGUUUGACACGCAGAGUGAAACAAACGGAAGGGGGCAGUACAACAGAUACGGUAACAGACAGGGAUACGAAGACAGUGGUAGCCCCUACGGCAGAGUCAGCAAUGCCGACAGGGAUGAGACCAAGAAAUGGCUGGACAGGAUGUAUGGCUCCCCAUCACAGGAGGGUUUCUCAAAUCCAUCCAAGAGAUAUUUCAGGAAGAGGCGAGGGGCAGGUCAUAUGCACAGACCCCCAUUUCUUCCCCUCCACGACCUGGUCAAGGAACUCUUCCAGAGAUUAGAAACCCGGAAGACCGGGAAAGGAGAGGCAGUCGAUGAAGAGCAUGUCUCGGGGCCGACCAAUGAGCGCAAACCUCCACUUAUUCCUCUUGAGUAUCUGGACAAGGAAUUGUAUCAGAAAUUGGAAGGUCGAGGGACUCGGAAAGAAAAACCACGGAAUGAAGAUCAGCACACAAGGGGGGCCACGGAGCUUACUGGGCAGUCGGCCCAUCUGGGUGGGCCUUUCAAACGAGUUCACGGGUCCCGUGCAAGUCCUCGUCGCGGGCGCCACGCAGGCCCUCAUGAUGCUGGGGGUGUGCAGCGGCUUAUCUCCACGGGCACCCUGGCCCCAGUCUUACCCGGCCAGGCAGAUUCGGCAGGGGACAGCAUGGAUCUGGUCUUUGCCACCUAUUGGUUCUAUCCAUCCGACACCCAGAUUAUUCUUCCAGAGCAACAACAAUGCAUCGAUGAGUGGAUGGCUAAGGAGACUCAGCGUAUGAACCCCAAAAGUGUGUUUUACGGUCUGGAUCAUGAUGCGUAUGAACACAUGGCAAUGGACAAGUGCACAGAAGGUACUACCAGGAAGCAGCGAGAGGAGUAUGUAUCUCGCCUGGGCCCACUGGACAUCUACCCCUUCAACAUCCACACCGGUGAGCUGACCGUCUACCGACUGCGUUUGACAUGCCGCUGCAAGAAACAGUCUGCAAACCAGCGCUGCGCCAAGGUUUUGCCUUACGACGAGCAGCGCUGGGCCGCAUACAUGGGCACCUACGGCAACAGCCACUUCCGAGCCCAGUAAUGGAUUGUUCACUCUCAAGAAAUUUUCCAGAGUGGACAAGCUUGCCAGCGACAAACUCUUAAGUACUUUGCAGCAAUAUUUCUCUCAGCUUCUGUUCAUAUUUCACUGGACCAUUCCAAAAGAUAACUAGUACAUGAGACAAGUUAUUGCAACUGGUUCAUUUUGCACAAUUUAUUCAGCUAUGUAAAACAGCAUCCGUGUAACUUGAUGCUGUGGAUUGGUUUAUUCAUGUGUAGGUUAUUAGCAUAUCAUUAAUAUUCAUGUCAUUCAUGAGCCGCAUGCUACAAAAUGUGUCACAAGUCAUCAAAGAAACGUUUAAUUACAGGUAUUCAAAAGAAUCUGGCUCUAAAAUCAAAAUGAAUCUUAUCUGCCGCCGCCAUACAUGUCAUGUCCAUUUUGAUCAAUGAUCAGGAAAUCAAAUUGAUUGAUGCAUCAAAAUAGCUCAGGGUACUCUUUCUAUUUCAAACCAGAACUCAAAAUUGGCCCUGAAGAGCCCUUGCAACUUUUGACUUAUUUUUACAGAUUGGUCACAUUUUUUUUUACCACAGACUAGUAACCUUUAAGAUCUUUAAGUCCAGGGCGCAGUGGUACGGAGCUGGUGUGCACAGAAAAUGUAACUAGCUCCUACAAAAUGAGUCAUUUUCCCUGAUCAUUUUGCAUUUGUGUGGAUCCGAAGAAGCAAACUUAGGUUGUUCUUUUGAUGUAUCACUGGGUCUGGCAUCCUGAUGAAGAUGGGCAUUAAUUGCUACGCGUGCAAGAAGUUAGCAGAAUUCGGAUUGUUACCUUUGCCGAUUUCGUGCAGAAACGUAGCUUGGUUGAUUUUACAUCUCACAUCCCCUAUCUUGACAGCUUGAUGAAGGGCUAAAAAAAUUCAUCAAUUCAUCAACCCAGCAAGAAAAUUACAACUUCUGUGCGUCAAAGCGAGGGGGGCAUAUUACCUGGAGGGGGGACUGAUUUACCAGGCCAGGGGUCCUGAUUUACUAGGCUGGGGGACACUCUUACCUAGGUAACUCUCUCCCCAGACAGUUUUCGGGGGACAGAUUUACUGUCUACACCGGCACCAUUGUGCUCUUCAUGCACUGACAUGCACCUUCUUGUUCCGUAAGUUCACUGUCCACGCCAGCUGGCAUUGCAGUUACCGUGGGCACCCGGAAUGUCCCCACAACUCGGUCCAACUUUACCCAACUACAGAAAACAUUCCCACAACGAGGUGCCAGCAAGGGUUUCUGAGUGGAGAACUCAGUAGUCCCUGCUUGGUGGUAGCAGUAGGCCUGUCUGGUGGAAGCGGGGGGGGGGACAUGCCCCUUCCCUGCUACCUUUGGCAGGUCUUAAAAUGGGGCAGGGUUUAUUGGCUCCGUCCAUUAAUAGCUGAUGUCCAGUGUCUUACAACUGCCCCCUUACCCCCUUGUAAAGUUGUUUCGCUGCUACUGGACCCAAGUGAAGUCUGCACUUGUAGCUGGUUUUCAUCCGAUCGUUACUGAUCAUGUGCAUCUUCUAGGCAAUAUAUACUAUACCCAGUCUCAGGGUCUUCUUAAAUUUUGCCCCGUGUCUAUCCAAUCCAUGCAUCCAGUUAAUUUAUGCCACAAAGUGGAAUUUUUCUGUAUCUUAGUUUAAAUCUUCCCUUUACCCUUGUCCUAGUCCUUACAUUGUCGAAAAUCACUUCAGUAUUCACUUAUGGCUUCCCCUGCAGUUCACUGCAGAAGUAACUGUAGUGGAUGUUAGCGACACACCCCAAGGAAUGUGGAGCUAAACCUUUGAUAUGCAAAUGGACCUACACUAUACUCCACUGGGAGCCUUUGCAGAUGUUAGGUGUGGCAUCCUCCAAAGCCUCUGUUUGUGUGGCUUAUCUGGGCUGUUUUCCAGUUCUAGACUUCAUCUCUGUCUCAGGCUUCGUCUCCAAAAUCAAUUCCUGAUUGUAGGCCUGAAGCAUUGAGAUACUGUACCCUUUUGCAUCUGAUCUGAGGUUCCUGUGGCAUUAUUGUUCUUACUACGUGUAUUUAUUGGACAGCAUCAGAGUCAGGUGAAAAUAAAACCAAAGCACCUUCGACGGAGACGAAGUUGAGUAUUGCGAAACGGCCCCAAGUGACUGGCCCCAAAUCGUGUACUUGUAAGUAGUUCCAUGAAAUUCAACGUUACAAGAAGUUGUGAUGCCACUGGGAGCCACCGUUACAAGGCAUGUACAGAGAAGAAUUUUUUUUUUUUUUAUAAAGAAAUCUUUGUAGCUCAAAGUGACACAAGGUACAUCAAACCGACUUGCCGUUCUGAAAUUUUGGCAAUUAACAAGUCACAAUUGUGUUUUCAUUUAAUACUAUAAAUAACACAAGAAUUUGUUGUUGAUGAUUUGUCUUUAAGGGAACAGAUUGCCAAAAAACAUGGGGGAGAACAGAGUAAAGAAAGAAACGUGAGAUUUAAAAUGAGGGUUUUGUAAGUCGGAAACAUUCCAAUUCUUCCAAUCAUGUUGUUGAUGAGAAAAUUGUUUCAUGAUUAUUGUAAGUGUAAAAAUAGUAAGCGUUGUACUUUGAACUUAGCGCUCUGAAGUUCUGAGCAGACAGAAACUGAGUAUUACGUUCCAUUUCGAUUUAAGAAGCUCAGUUUUGUCAUAUUGAAUCUGAGACUAGAGUCUUUCCCAGACUGUUUUAAUUAGUAGUUACCUAUAUCAAAAUGUCUGAAUCAAAUGGAAGUUGGCGUUUCCAAGAAAAAAAACAAGAGCAGUUAUGUGUAACUGUUCUAUUUAUAGCAAAUAAGAACAUAACAAUUAAUCAAAAGAGGAAUGAAGAUAUAGAAAAGCUAGUUUAAUACUCAGCACUGGAAAAAAAAUGUAAUAGCCAGUGAGUAUAUUUGAAUUUCUUAAGAUACUAAUAUAUCAAGGGAAAAUAGUUACCAUUUCUAAUGCAGUUGGGAGUAGAAAUACAUGUAGCUUAUUUCUGUGAAGAGUCGAAGUAGUUGUUUGGAAAAAUCUUUAAACAGCAGGGUUUAAUUAGCCCAUGUGUGGUCCAAAGGGUUCUUUUCAGUUUGCAGUGACCACCAAGACCUAGAGAAAAAAGGGGAACUGUGACAUAAAUUUGGUCUAUGGAGGGUCUAAAUGAGCCUAUAGACAGCCCGAGGAACAGUCUGGAAAUUAAAAACAGCGGUCAAGGUUUCGACACUGCUAGGAUCGUAUCCCUGGUUCUCAGGGAGGAGAUUUAGAGGACAAUGGUAAGAUCCUCAUAACAAUCACCAGAGCUCUUGAGGGCCCCACAGCAGUGUGAUGUCUGUGGUCUGCAUUGGUGCUUCCAUAAAGGCACCCUUUGAAAUACCAAUACCUCUGUUCGAUAUUAACUUGAGAUUGAGGAUUUUUCCCUAUUUUAAACGAGAUUGCUUGAAAAAACCUGAAAUCAGGGAAAUCCUGUUGAGAAAAAAUCCUGUAACCAGGAAAAAUCCUGACAGAUCUCACCUUGGACUCUGCAUCAUCACAGGCAUGUACACUGUAAUUAGUUUGAUGCUUUCGUGGUUACGAUCAAAUGGGAACACUUCAAAAUGGCCUUGCGUUGCACCACUUCAGGUGGUUGUCGCAGAAAAAUGGAAUUGACAGGGGGAUGAGACUUGAGAGGUUUAAGCCAGUGGCCUAAAGUUAAAAAGCCUGAGCUGCAGCUAGUGAAACAGCCAAGGUUUGAAAAAGACCAAUGGAUUAUUGUUUGCUUUAUUGAAAUGUUCUGUUGAAAAAAGAAAAAAAGUGUCUUAUUUCCAGGCAAUUCAUUUACAGUUUUACAGUCAGAAAAUUCCCCCCCCUCGGAACUAUGUUGGGUUGUUUGACACCCCUCGCCCAGGGUACACGUAUAUUGGGCUCAAUACGAUUCACGAUGGUACGCCUCCAAGAGUUUGUAAUGUAUUGAUUGACCAGUCACAGUGUGUGAAAUCUGUUGACCCUUUCCAAAUGCCCAU